AUGCACUUCGCAGACUUUGUCCAAAUUCGCCUGAGUGCGACUUCUCUGCUCCUCUUCACUAUCUUCGGCCAGACUGUGAUCUUGGGUUUUGCAUGGGGCUUCGCCGGAGCAAUCUUGUACACAGGGGUUCUCGCACUACCUGAUAAUGUCGUUCGUCUGAUUGUAGAGCAUCCGACCGUGCUCACCUUGAUAGUAACGUUGAUCGCAACUGCCUUGUCGAUCACCACUUCAAUGUUCUUCACAUUUGCUCUCAAAGAAGCCCUUCGGCACCAUCUCUCAGGGCCAUCGAUUACACUGUUCAAGCUUCGCACUGCCAUAGCGCUAAGCAGGCCGACUUGGGUAUUGCGACGGAGAUUUCUCAAGCUAUCGCUCCUCACAUUGGUAGUUUAUGCGAUGGUCACAUUUCUGAAUACGAGUUGGAGCACUUUGCUCCUACCCACCCUUGUCGAAUGGCCUGUGGGAACCUUCGGAACGGAACUAGACUUAGGAUCUGCUGCCUUUGUAAACCAGUUAAGUACAGACCUUACUGCCCUCAAUCCGAACGCCGUUCAAGCACCUGCUUUUGAAGUCUUGAAUGUCUUGACUCUCCUAAGUGGUACUGCUGCGGUUGACACCCAGGGAGGUGUGGAGACGAGUAGCAUGUUCAGCUUCAACGGAGUUUCAUACAAUCAGUCGACUGGUGGAAUUCUUCCCGCGAUACAGGAGUACUCUGGAUCAUCAGCCCCGCCGGGUUCUAACGUAGGCUUGGCGUUCACUGGAGGACAAGUACCAGUCAAUACCAGUUUUGACUGGGGACACCUCGGACGCGAUGCAGGCACUCAAGGCAUUUCGAAGAACUAUAGUAUUACACAGCAGGGUCUCACAGCAAAUGUUUCAUGUCAGCCGAUCGACCGCAGCCAGAAUACGUUUUCAGUCACCCCAUACGCGGUGCCAGGACCUACGGGCUCGGAUAUGACGUUCAUCACGUGGGAAACCGAAGCGAAUUGUUCAGGAAACUUAAAUUCAAUAACCUCCUUCACCGUUGGCCUCGCCAACGGUUUGCCAGACAAUGCAACGCAGGGACUUCUCCCCACUGUUGUAUGUCCCAACCCAAACUCGACGGCAUUCAACCCAUAUAAGUUUGAUAUCUUCAUGUCCGGCUUGUACAAGUACAGCUUUCUACCAACGAUCGUUUGCGAGGUCGUUCCCUACCUGACUACAGUCAACGUCACUUAUAAUGGAGGCAUCAUAUCUGUCGAUCGGAUUAGCGAAUAUUCUGGUUCGACAAGCAGUUCGAAUUUUCCUUUAUCUCAGUAUAUCGCGACUGUGAUGAAUUAUCAAGCGUCGUCAAACCAAGCCGUAGUUAAGAAUACAGUUGGUGACUUUUUGACCGCGUACGGUACGAGCAAUGUAUCAGAAGAUUACUGGCGCGGUAUUGCGGAGUUCUCCUCCACUCAACUUCGAUCCGGAUACUCUGCUUCUGGAGUUUCGCCGAAUAUGGCAAGGUCGACGGGCGGCACGAUGUAUAUCCAGACGUACGGCUGGCGAAGCCGGUCCCAAACGUUCAUCUUGCUGCUCGUGGUAAUCACCCUGAUCUGGUUCGCCACCGUAUUGGCUGCUGGGUACAGCCUCGUCCAAGAAAAGAUCACUGCCUCCGAUCCAUCUUUCGACUUUUCUGAUCCCGUUGAUCUCAUCAUCGCGGCAUCUGGCGGAAGACUUGGACCACAGCUUCAUGACGAGGAUGAUGAGGAAGAAGAUCAUAACGAGGACGUCAUUAUCCGCUUUGAAGAUGUAACUGACAAGAUGGGGAGGAGAAUGAGCAAGAAGAGACUGGUCACUGUGGCUCCUCCGGGGACCCCUUAACGUUGUAUAGUAAUCGAGUUACUGGAUCUGUCACGCCUCAUAAUGACACGGUGAUCGUAGUCCUUAUUCAAUUGAUGAGUCUAAUGUAUUUCAUACUCCCACCGUCGGCCGAGAUGUCAGGGCGCGGGGUAGUACCCGGGUCGAAAUCACGAGUCUGUUGUUCUAAUCUAAACGCUUUGAAACAGACGCUCUCCCUCUUGGGUCUAGUGCUUCCUAGGAAGGUGUCGCAUAUAGUAAGUACCACACGACUCCUCGUAC